AUGAAAUCAAUAGCUACUAUAUCUAAACUAAGGAAUAUCAAUAGAUUGGUUGUUCCAUAUGUAAAUAGGUCAAACACUCCUUUGUUCGUACAGAGUGAUAGCAACAAGAAUUUACCAACGAAAAGAUACAUUGGUAUCACUAGUACUGUUGAAAUCCUUUCUUUCGGACAAUUGACACCAGAGAAGAAGGAGAAACGACAUACUGGAGGAUUCAUAGAUACCAAGGUUAGCCAGUUGUUAACAGAGAAAGCUGCUGGGUGGCAAAAUAUUGUCAAGAUCAGAGAGGAUGAGACCGUAUUCAGGGCAAUUCAGACUAUGCACAAACAUAGAGUUGGUGCCGUCAUUGUAAUCGACAAUGAGAAUAGGAUGUCUGGAAUAUUCUCGGAGCGUGACUACAUGAAGAAGAUCAUUCUGAGAGAUCUCUCUAGCAGGACCACCUUGGUCAAAGAUGUCAUGUCUCCACACGUGGCCACUGUCAGUAGUGAUACUUCCACUGCCAAGUGCAUGUCAAUAAUGAUCAAAAGAGGAUUCCGUCAUUUGCCAGUGAUCGAGGACAACUCACUAAUUGGAAUCGUAUCCAUUGGUGAUCUUGUCAAGCACAUCAUCUCUGACCAGAGAAGUGAGAUCGAUCAUCUAAAGGAAAGGCUCGGAGGACCAAUGGGUAUCUAG